GGAUACGGUGGCUGUAGAGGCGGUAACAGUGGCUUCUUCCCCGCUCUCCGCCAGGUUCCGCGCCCGUCCCGCGGCUCCGAUUCCACCAUGGCUCCCAAAGGCGGCCCCAAGCAGCAGUCCGAGGAGGACCUGCUCCUGCAGGAUUUCAGCCGCAACCUCUCGGCCAAGUCCUCGGCGCUUUUCUUCGGGAACGCCUUCAUUGUGUCGGCCAUCCCCAUCUGGUUAUAUUGGCGAAUAUGGCAUAUGGAUCUUAUUCAGUCUGCUGUUCUGUAUAGUGUGAUGACCCUAGUAAGCACUUACUUGGUAGCCUUUGCUUACAAAAAUGUGAAAUUUGUUCUCAAGCACAAAGUAGCACAGAAGAGGGAAGAUGCUGUCUCCAAAGAAGUGACUCGGAAACUUUCUGAAGCUGAUAAUAGAAAGAUGUCUCGGAAGGAAAAGGAUGAAAGAAUCUUGUGGAAGAAGAAUGAAGUUGCUGAUUAUGAAGCUACAACAUUUUCCAUCUUCUAUAAUAAUACCCUAUUUCUGGUCUUGGUCAUUGUUGCUUCCUUCUUUAUACUGAAGAACUUCAACCCCACAGUGAACUACAUUUUGUCCAUAAGUGCUUCCUCAGGCCUCAUCGCCCUCCUGUCUACUGGUUCCAAGUAGACUGCCUCAGCUUUGCCACCCCCUGCUCCCCGCUGCCCUGACUUUGUAUCUAUGGGUGGCCUGUGGUAUGUGGAAAAAUAGCAGGGUGGUCAGGGUGGAAGACACACAAGCUGUUUUUGUAAGUCUGGAGUUUGAGGGUUUAAAAAACCCAACAAAAUGUAAUUCAAUAUUUGUUUAUUGGCUCUUUUUUUUUUUGACAGAUUGUUGAAAUUAAAUGAAUUGAAAGGGAA